CUGUGUUUGCGCAUGUCCCAGACUUAUCUCUUAGUCUCAUUCGACUACAAUUCAGAUUUAUUUCCGCAUUCCAGGUUUUGAACACUGUCCGGUGGAUUUUGAGUUCACGUCCAAGACUACUCCUGUUCGCUCUUAGUGCACAACGCAGACGGCGAGGACGGAUCUCUCCCACAAUCACCGCAAUAUAUCGGCGAUGAAGCUCCUUGCUGCUAUGAUCCUUGCAGCUGGACUGCUGUCAGCUGUCCACAUUGUCCAUGCAGCGGAUCCUGACCCACUGCAGGAUUUCUGCAUUGCAGACAUUGCUGCCGGACCAGUUUCAAAUGGUUUCCCUUGCAAGUUGCCUGCACUUGCUUCCACAGACGACUUUGCAUUUUCUGGGCUUGCUGAAGCUGCAGAUCCUAGCGUAUCUGCUUCCAACGGAACUGCAACCCUCGCCUUCGUCAGAGAAUGGCCAGCUCUGAACACUCAGGGAUUGUCUUUCGUAAGACUCGAUAUUAAUCCUGGUGGCAUCAUCUUCCCCCAUACACACAACUUGGCCACUGAGAUUCUGUAUGUGUUGGAGGGAGAGAUGUAUACGGGCUUCGUCACCAACAACUUCGGAAACGACCCAACCAUAUCCAACAAGCUGUAUGCAAAGGUCGUGAAGAAGGGAGAAGCUUUCAUUUUUCCCAGAGGUCUGCUACACUUCCAGCUGAACAAGGGGAAGGUGCUUGCAUCGAGUCUGAACGUCCUGAACAGUCAGAAUCCUGGUAUUCAGCUCAUGCCUUUAGCUUUGUUCGGAAGUGGCAUCGACCGUGAAAUGCUGGAAAAAUCAUUCUUCAUGAAUGAGGCUCAAGUUGCUGCGUUGGAAAACAUUUUUCAGCAGUGAAACGUUGAAUGAUUAGUUGCCAGGAGAAAUCUGAGACUUUUCAGGCCUUGAGACAACCUGCGUGCAGGUGUAGAUAUCCCUAGGAUCAGUUACGUAGAAUUAUUUCCGACAGCCCAUUUGAUGCAGUUGAUUGGUCAGCUUGGUAUAACAAAGAUUGAACUCAGGUGCUGAAGGUUGAGUUCAUUCUCCACCAGUUGAAAUUGUACUUUGGCUCGAUACCUUUCUAAUAAACGCGGCGUACUCUAACACAUGUACGUUGUCCU